AACUGCGCUCGUGCAAUCAUGUUCACACUGCACUGUGAACGUAUACUCGUAUACAGAAUGGCGAACAGAUCCAUGUCCCGUUUAGCACAAUGGUGCUCCAGAGUAUUUAUGGUGGAAAUCAACCAGAAGACAGAGCCGAUUUAUUUCGCAUUAAGCUCAACACCAAGUGCUCGUAACAAGGAGUUGGAGGCGCUUUUCGGGAGCGGGAAGCUGUUUUCUGUGCACGCGCUUGGCGAUGAUAGAGUUCAGAGCGCUCGCUCUCACGCGCACCUUAAAAGCGCCCUGACUGAAGACCUGCCGCCAGGAUGCCAGCUUUUAGACACGGCUUCUUUUCUCCCUGACGUCAAAAACUCGCUCGUGAGGGGAUUCUUUUUGCGGGAUAACUCUGUACUGUCCUCUGCGGAGCGAGUUGUAACCCACCUCCGGCAGAAAGGUUCAGUAUGUGUGUUCACUUACACACGCGGACAAAACGGAGAUUAUCUCUGCUCAGAUGAGGCUGACGAGCCUGCGGAGCGCGAGCGGAGGUAUUACGUCACCCCUGCACCCGCGCCACUGCGUCAUCCCUCAACACUGAACAUUAUAAACUCGGACGUGUUCUACCAAAUGAAAGAUGCUUACAAAGUGCUACAAGAGUGCAGUGAUGUCAUACCAGAGUCCAAGGCAGUGUUGGAGCUGGUGGAGGCGCAACAGCUGGAAUUAAACAGCAUUCAUGAUGAAAGGUUUCCAGUCAUUGUAAUAGAGGGACUGGAUGCUACAGGUAAAACUACUCUCACCUGCAGUCUGCAGAAGGCCUUGGGUGCAGUUCUACUAAAAUCUCCUCCUCAGUGCCUAGCUCACUUGAGACCACGCUUUGACUCAGAGCCACCACUCAUUCGCAGGGCAUUCUAUGCCCUAGGGAACUACAUCACUGCAGCACAGAUAGCCAGAGAGUCAUCACAUGCUCCUGUGAUUGCAGACAGGUACUGGCACAGCACUGCAGCGUAUGCGAUAGCCACGGCAGUGAGUGGACGAGAGGAGAACCUUCCAGCUGUUGGCUCAGAGAUCUAUGAGUGGCCCCAUGACCUGCUGAGGCCCAGCAUGGUCCUGCUGCUCAGUGUAAGCCCUGAGGAGAGGCUGCGCAGACUUUCACACAGAGGGCUCGACAAAACCGAGGAGGAAAGCCAGCUGGAGAUCAAUCACCUGUUUCGUCGCAAAGUGGAUGAAGCCUACAAGAGGAUCCAGAACCCUGCCUGUAUCGUCGUGGAUGCCAAUCCCAGCCCAGAUCAUGUGCUCCAACAAGUGCUGGGUUUAAUUAGAAACAAAUACAACUUGCAAACCCCAGGCCACUAGUGAACGUCAUUUGAUGCUGCAAUACCUAAAAUCUCCACAAGAUGGUAGUAUAAUCCCACAUUUUCCCUGGACAAAUCAGUCCUCCAACCCCCCCCCGAAACAUUCUCAGGUCUUAGACAGCAUUGGCCGCACCAGAGGUUGAUGGCUAAUGGCCAGCAGGCAUCAAAAUCCUGUAUCCUGACAUGUCACAACCUGUUCACUUCCCACAGAGUAACACUGAUGACACAAGAGAGAAAGUUAUUAUGAAUGCUGGGACGAGAUGUCAACUCCCAUACACAGGGUUAUAGCCUUGCAUGUUCCAUACGCUCAGUGUUAUGUUUUUCCUCUCACACCGGAGUGUAGGAACUGAACCGAAGGGCUCAGUGAAUUCAUCAAUCACUUCAAUUAGAUUUCUGCACAAGGGCCCAUUGUUGGUCAGCGCAGCAUUCAGUCCUCGGAGAGCUCAGAGAGCACGCCACAUUAAGAGCUAUCAGGGCCUCGUGGGCCAGGAAAUUCUUCUAGUUGUAGGUGUUUCUCAGCAUUUAUAAAGAGCAAUCCUGUAGGAACGUUGUUUUAUUUCUCCCUGCUGUUUAGUGUGGGACAUACUUUCCACUUUCCAGCUUUCAAAAAGCAAAAUACUUUGAGAUUACUGUCCAGUUGAGUUAUACACAAUACGUGCUUUCAGAGUAAGUUAUAUAUUUACUGGUUUGUUUACAAAUAUUGGAAGAUUCCUCACCAUGAAAAUGAUAUGCACUUUACUAUUUAACAGUGGACAUAACCGAUAUUAAAGCUCUUCCCUCUAAGAAGUAAACAGCUUUCUUGGCUGACUAAAUAUUUAUCUGUAAUAGCAUUUAUUUCUUCCUUCACGUAUUCCUUAUUUAAUUCUUUGCAUUGCAGUGUAGUUACAACACAAAAUAAUUAACGUGCAAUGUGUAAGUAAGUGCAAUCUGAUAUCUGUAAUGAUUAUUCCAAGAAAGUACAAUGUAAACUCUAAAGAUUUGUUCUUACCAAAAUAAAGCAUUU